GUCUUUCACAGGCAUUUUCAUUCAAAAUUGGUGAAUAUCGUUAUAAUUCAGGAAAUAAUACGUACAAUGCUAUUUCAAUCUGGAUAAUUGAAAAUACUGAUGAAACAAAAAUAGCUCAAGAAAAUGCGCGUAUUGUAAAAGAACUGCAGAAUAAUGCGCCACAAUACCAUACUCGUGCUAUGAGGCUUAAUUAUUUUCGUACAUGUGAGCUACUAUUACCAAAAGUAAAAGCUGCACUAUUACGAACGAUUUAUAGAAUGAUAACUGGUGACACAUCAGCAGCAGAAUCUGCUAAUGAAGCAAAAGUUGAUGCUCAUCAUAAUGAAGGAAGACCGGAAAAGUAUAAAGUUUUUUGGAAUGUUGCGGCACGUUUUCUUGCAGGAAAAGCAGCAGAUUUUGUUGUUGCAGUUGAUGAGCGUCGCCAUGAUCAAAUUGUACAUCUAGCAACUGCCAUUUCAGUAAAUGACUUAUGUCGACAAAUUGAACGCGAAUGCCCUUAUAACACACCAAUUCCAA